AUGCGUUCCGUCUUCUUCUUGACCCUCAGCGCCAUCGCGACCCUCGCGGCCGCCGCUUCCGAGAAGGCCAAUCCCUUCAACAUCCCCAAGGAUGGAUAUUCUUUCAAGACUGGCCAGCCCACUACUCUGACGUGGGAUCCCACCACCAGCGGAACCGUGACCCUGCGCCUGCAAUGGGGUGGUGUCCUGACCCCGAACUCGGGUACCGCCAUUGCCAAGAGCAUUGACAACUCGGGCAGCUUCACCUGGACUCCUCCGUCCGACCUUGCCGCUCAGCCGGAUUACACCGUUGAGAUCAUCUCGGACGAUGACACCAGCGAGGUCAACUAUCUCCCCCGUUUCGUCGUUGCCGGUGCCACCGUCCACACGACCAAGUCCUCCACGACGUCGACUGCUUCCGCCACCACCACCUCCGAGGCUUCCACCACUACUUCGUCCGAGGAGAAGACCACCAGCACCUCCAGCGCUUCCAAGACCAAGACCGAGACCCCCACCACGUUGUCGAUGGCGACCAGCACCGGCUCGAGCUCUGCUACCGGAACCGCUUCUGGCGGCGGCGACGGAUCGGCCACUUCGACUGGUUCCUCCACCGGCUCCUCCAGCGUCGCAGCUUCCACCUCCAGCGGACAGGCUUCGAGCACCAACAGCGCUUCUGCUAGUGCCAGUGCUUCCGAAACGGCGGUGCCCAACUCGAAUGCCGGCACGACCACUCGGGUUUCCGGCGCCAUGAUGGCUCUUGUGUUGGCCGGCGUUGCCGUCUUCUAA